AUGAUAAAAAAGAAAAAGAUAUUGUCCUCAUUGAAAGAAAAGGAAGCAAGAGAAGAAUCUUUAAAGAAUGUUGUAGAGGAAGAUGAAGAUCUAGAUAAGAGUGACGAUAAGAAUAAUGAGGAGAAUGAUGAUAAUGGUGCUGAAAAGUCUGGCAAUGGCGAUGAUGAAGAGUCAGUGUCUAGUGAGAGAAAAAAGAAGAAAAAGAAGCAUAAGAGUAAGAGAUCAAAGUCAAGUGAGACUAGCAAUGAUAAUGAAGAGGGUGAUGCUGCCGAUCAUAAUAAUAAUAAUAAUGAGGAUAACAACGAAGAGAAAGAAGAGAGAAGACACAAGAAGAAACAUCAUAAGCAUACUGAUAGAGACAGAGAGGAGAGAAGACACAAGAAACACAAGAGAAGUAAAGAGGAGAAGAGUGAAUCUGUAGAUGCCGAUAGUGGUACUGUCGAUGAAGGUAGAGACGAUAACGAUGCAGAUCACAAUAACAAUGAGGAGAGAUCUCAAGAGAGAGAAAAGGAUAAAGAUAGAGAGAGAAAACAUAGACACAAGAAGAAGAAGCACAAGCGAGAUGCUACUGGUGGUGGCGACGAGGAGGAUGCCGGUGGCGAAGAGAGAAGGAAAAAGAAACACAAGAAGAAGAAACACAGAAAGGAUGAAAAUGCCGGUGCCGAAGAUGACGAAGAUGAAGACUCCAAGAAUGUGAUGGUUCUCGAUGAGAAUGAAGAUCUUAAAGAUAUAGUUGAUGAAGAGGAUGACGACGAUGCCAACAACCAACAACGGCAGCAUCACGAUGACGACGAGGAGAAUGGAAAUGACGUAGUUGAUGUUAGUGACGAUGACGACAGCAACAGCAAAAAGAAGAGUAAGAAGAGAGAAGACAGAGGAAGAAGCAGAAAAGAACGUAGUGGCGAUAAAGAAUCAAAGAAAUCGAAAUCCAGAGAUAGAAGUUGGGAUCGUGACAAUAGAAAAAGUUGGGAGCGCUCUGACAAUGAAGACGAACAACAGGUCACCUAUCACGGAGACGAUGAAUUUCACAACGAAGAGAAAGAGAGAAGCUUUGAAAAGAGAGAGAUUAAACCGAGCACCGAGAACUUUUUUGGACAAUACAAACCAACUAGUAAUAUUCUUACGACGACAAGGAGUAAAUUUGGUGAGAGCCUUUUGAAAACGAUCGAAAUUGUCAAACCAUACUAUCCUCCACCUCCACCAAGACAAUUUAAUGCUUCAACAUCUUCAUACAACGAUAAUGAUUAUCAAAAUAAUAAUGAUAAUAAUGAUCACAAUAACAAUUAUAAUAAUAACAGUAACAGUAAUAGUAGCUAUAGUAAUAGUAAUAAUAGUAACGGUUAUAACAGUAGUAGUUCAACAUCAUAUCAAUCUAAUUCUUCAAAACCAGAUUAUUUUAAGGAAAUCAAUUUAAAUUUAGAUUUUACACAAUUUGGUAAUCAAAAAACUACAACUUCAACAACUUCAUCAACUUCAACAACUUCGACUUCAUCAUCAACUUCUCAUAGAUCAAGCAGUAAACACAGCAAAAUGGAUAUGGAUAAAAAGAAAAAAAUAUUUAAGAAUGAAAUAUCAAAGAUUGUUGUUAGUAAAUUGAAUAGGUACUUUAAGAGCAAGAAGAUAUCGAAUAAAGAAGAUUUCAAAUAUCUGGCAAACAAGUUUACUAUGUUGGUCAUCGAAAAGGAUCAUGGUCGAUUGGAUUCUGCUGGCGACACUCCAAGAAAAGUUGAAAAGCUAUUGGAAAACUAUUUCUCAAAGAUCACUGUUUACACAAAAAAGAGUAGUAAAAAGCACAGUGCAUCAGAGACAGAGCCACAAUACGACAGUUUGGAUUUAGAAAAGGAAUUGGAAUCAACAACCAACAACGAUGAUAACAACGACAACAACAAUGACCAGAUAUCAGAAGAACCAUAUACUCCACCACCUCCACCUCCAAUAACCUACUAA